UCCCAUGAAGCCUUGCGGCUGUGUGAUGAAACUGAAACCUUGUAACACAGUGAUUUUUUGGACCGGUACCACCGGCGUAAUACUGAAAACCGUUAUAUUGUAACUCUGUGAGCGAGAAGCUUCUGAAAAUUGUUGCACUGACUGUAACACUGAGCGGCCCGAGGAUCCUCUGCCGCGACCAGAGCGAAGGAUGACACCACGAAUUGAUGACGUCAUGCAGCUCUGCUGUCGGCUCUCUGAGAGUAAGGAGAUGAAGGCCGCUGUAAGGAACUCUGGGAAAGGGGCUCUGAUGGCUGGGGCCAUCGCCUUUGCAGGAGGGCUGGUGGGAGGUCCUCCGGGCAUAGCUGUUGGUGGUGCGGUCGGGGGUCUGCUUGGGUGCUGGAUGACGACUGGUCAGUUCAGACCACUUCCUCAGAUCAUCAUGGAGCUUCCACCACAGGAGCAAAAGAAGCUGUACGAUGAUAUCAUGGUGGUCCUGGGCUCGCUCGACUGGAUGGACGCGGCGCAGCUCAUCGCGCUGGUCAUGGGCAAUGCCUCCCUGCAGCAGCAGGUGAUGGCAGCGCUGCUCAGUUAUGUGACUCAGCAGCUCAGGGCAGAGGUGCGGUAUGAGGACUGAGACCCUGAUGGGACUUGACCUCUGCCUCCCUGAGAACUCGUUCCUGGAGGUGGUGAGGCCAUCACCUUGACGUGGGAUGGAAAGGUGGAACAAACUGAAAUGCUAAUGAGUGGAAGGUUGACCAUUGAUUAUAACGUGCUGGAGUUCUAGUUAUUCUUUGAGAAGUGAUCAAUUCUAACUUCUGGACUUAACACUCCCUGUUUUUUAUGCAAAGGAGUUCUCACUGCUGAGGUACAUGCCGUGGUGCAGGACUACUGCGUAAUGAGUGGCACUUACCUGCGCUGUGAGUCAUGGGAUUGGAAGCUCUGUGGUUGACUGUGUAUGAAGUUUUACAUUGGAAACCAUGUUGUACUGAAGCUCAAAUAUAGCUACAGAUGGAUCAUUAAAAUCAAUAGUGUAGAUUAUGCAUUUGGGGGCAGGCACUUUUUGAGACAGUUUUUAACAGUCAUUUGUGCCUGGCUCUGGGUUAUGGGUGUGGCAGCUGUGAAAUCCAUAAUCCAUAAGCAGGCAGCAGAGCAACUGCCAGUCUUCUGGGAGAACAUGGUAUGUGUCUGAUAAAGAUGAACUUUUCUCAGAGUCAGGUCUUGGUCAAAGGGCACAGGACCAAUUCCUGUUGCUAUAAAAGUAGUGUGAGUGAUGGACUGAAGGUACAACAAGCUCGUAUCAAUAUAUAAUUUCACUUUAUUGGUUUGCCAAGCUGUGCUGCAGAGCAGACUCUUGCAAUGCAAUUGUGACUGAGGUUCUCAGAUGCUGGUUUAUAUGUGUGUGUAUUAUAUAUACACACACACACACACACACACACACACACACACAUUGUGUGCCAUGAAGUUACCAACAACCAUAGUUUUUAUUGUGCAUUUUUCAAUCACAAAAAAUUAGGGGCUUAAUACAAAUGCUAGCAGUCACCUCUUUUGAUGGGAUGUCACCUGAGAUUGUAGAAACCAGUGUGCUCCAUCAUUAGGCUCUUUCCCUGAAUCAUGGGCUGGAGGGAGGAGGGUCACACUGAGGAGGUGUUUCCAACUGCCUGAAAGACUUAGGAUCACUGUCAGUGAGUAAAGGUCAGGGGUAGGGUGGGGUGAGUCUCUCCAGCUGUUUGGGGCAGUUGGGCUGACCUCAACCCUUAAUCUGUAAUCCUAACCUAUCAGCUACAGUAUCCCUGAGAAUUUGGUAUUGGCCCAUUGGCUCAUCGGACCAGAGCCCUCUCAGUCACAAUUUAUACGUGUGAUUUAACUUGUGCAUUAUAUAUAGAUCAUGUGUCAUGGUUUGGGAAUUAUUCACUCCAGCAUUGUAAUAACAGAAGAUAAUCACUAAUAGCCUUUCAUUAAGUUUACAUUUAAAUGGAACUUCUCAGGCCUUUUUUUAACAUCUUUUUUUUUUUUUUUUUUGUUUCCCCUGGUGAAUUUCAGAUGAAUCCUCAUCUUAUGUUUGAAGGUCCUAUUUCAGUGACCAGUAGGUUAAAAAACUAGAUAUAUAUAUUAUAUCUAUCUAUAUAUAGAAUAUGAUAAUACAUUUGAGUGGCACUAAAUAUUAUUGUGGCUGCGUUGGCUGAACAGAAACACAUAUGAAAGAUGCCACCUCUUUCAACCACCUAGCUGUGCAGCAGAGAACCUUUUACCAGUAUUUUACUUUGUGUGUGUCUGCAGAGUGUCCUUUGGCCUUUUGAUUCUCAUGUCUGAAACACUUGUGUUGAUCUGGUUCCAAGCCAGCCCUCAAUACACCCAAAGGUGAAAUAAAGUUUGAU